GUACCACACGUGUGGGCGGGCUCAUUGUCUAGCUAGAGGAUGAAACUAAUAGAAAAUGCUUUAGUAUAGAACCGGAGGAGCAAGUACGGUUUACUUCCUAGCCUAGCUAAAUCUUAAAUCAAGUAGGAUUGCAGGAGUGCGAGUCGGUACUCAUUCCGUUGCAAAAUACUACUCCCUCCGGUCCACGAUAAAUGCCUCAAGUUUAAUACAAAUUUGUACUGUACUAAAUCUGAGACAUUUAUUAUGUAUCGGAGAGACAUAAAUUUUGUCGAGGUUAUAUAAAAAAAAUAUUACUUCUCCGUCCAACAAAGGAUGUCUCAACUUUGACUAAAUUUGAAUGCAUCUGUACACUAAGUCAUGUUUAGAUACAUUCAAAUUUUAACAAAUUUGAGACAUCCUUUGUUGGACGGAGAGAGUACUAAUAUUUUCUAUACCAAAUCAAUAUGAUAUGAAAAUACAUGUCAUGAGAUCUUGGCACCAUGAAUGUAGAUACAUUUUGCUAUACUGUACAAGGUUAGUCGAAGUUAACAAAAAAUUGAGAGUCAACAAAAGUUAUACAGUUUAUAUGUUACAGAAACGGUGGAAAUACUAAAUAGCUUUCAUCUUCUCCGUUUUCUCUGACACUAGCAGCUUAGAGUUCCCCAGGUGCAGUUUCUACGACUGAUUCAGACUUGAACUCUUGUGUUUUCAAACAGAGAAUCAUUUGCCGCUACAUGCCUGAUUUAGAAGAGUUCAAAGUUGUAGAUUGCACGACUCCGUCAGCAUCUCGGCGGUCAAAUUUCCCGCCGGUACGUGACGGCUCUUCAGCUACUUAUUACUGCCACCUCCCUCUCCUCAUUGUUGUUCUUGUUCCUGUUGCUUGCAUUUCUUCUACCUCUGAGUUCACACAUUCGAUGUCGGGGGAGGAGGAAGAAGGGAAGAAAAAGAAGCCCGCGACGACGGUGAAGAUCAUCGAGACGGUGUUCGUGGAGGCCGGCACCGCCGAGGACUUCAAGUCCGUCGUGCAGCGGCUCACAGGCAGGGGCUCCGCCGCCGCCGCCGCACCGGAGCAGGACCAAGCUGGUGAUCGGAGGGCCGCUGCUGGCACGGGGAGAGGAGGGAGCUCCGGUAGUACCGGUGGUCGCAAGGCAAGCGGCCACUCCGACGCGAAGCGGAGCGGCUGAGAUUGAUCGAUGCGUCAUGGAUAAAAAUAGAGAAAAGUAUAUUUUUUGUUUUCCGAUUUGACAAAACAUACGCACUCGGUCCUUUAAUUUUUUCCAUGUAAUUUUCGUCCUCUAAAUGUUAAAAGUAGACGUUAAUGGUUCCUCGGCACAUCCAAAUUGGUAUUAGUGCCGAGAUACCAUAGUUAUUGACUCAGUAUUAACAUGUCGGCCUGUCCAUUUAACAUGUAUCCGUUGGGUGAAGUUAUAGUUAUCCA